CUCCAGCUCCAGCUGGACCUGAAGUCUCAGAGCUGCCACCAGCAGCAGGCUCGGACACUGGGCUCCCAGCUGGGCACUGCUCCAUGGCCAUGGAGAUAGACAGCAGGCCUGGGGGGCUCCCCGGCAGCGGCUGCAACCUAGGUGCAGCCCGAGAACACAUGCAGGCGGUCACCCGAAACUACAUCACCCACCCCCGUGUCACCUACAGGACUGUGUGCAGCGUGAACGGGCCCCUGGUGGUGCUGGACCGGGUCAAGUUUGCCCAGUAUGCGGAGAUCGUCCACUUCACCCUCCCAGAUGGGACUCAGAGGAGCGGGCAGGUGCUUGAGGUGGCUGGCACCAAGGCGAUUGUUCAGGUGUUUGAAGGGACAUCAGGGAUCGAUGCCAGGAAGACCACUUGCGAAUUUACAGGGGACAUCCUACGAACUCCGGUGUCAGAGGACAUGCUGGGUCGGGUUUUCAAUGGCUCCGGCAAGCCCAUUGACAAGGGGCCAGUGGUCAUGGCGGAGGACUUUCUGGAUAUCAAUGGCCAGCCCAUCAACCCGCACUCCCGCAUCUACCCCGAGGAGAUGAUUCAGACGGGCAUUUCUCCUAUUGACAUCAUGAACAGCAUUGCCCGCGGCCAGAAGAUCCCCAUCUUCUCAGCAGCCGGGCUCCCCCACAAUGAGAUUGCCGCUCAGAUCUGCCGCCAGGCGGGGCUGGUGAAGAAGUCCAAGGCUGUGCUGGAUUACCAUGAUGACAACUUCGCCAUCGUCUUUGCAGCCAUGGGGGUGAACAUGGAGACAGCCAGAUUCUUCAAGUCUGACUUUGAGCAGAAUGGAACCAUGGGGAACGUCUGCCUCUUCCUGAACUUGGCCAAUGACCCCACGAUCGAGCGGAUCAUCACCCCGCGCCUGGCGCUGACCACUGCUGAAUUCCUUGCCUACCAGUGUGAGAAGCAUGUGCUGGUCAUACUGACGGACAUGAGUUCCUAUGCAGAGGCCUUGCGGGAGGUCUCUGCUGCUAGAGAGGAGGUGCCUGGGCGCCGAGGGUUUCCUGGAUAUAUGUACACAGACCUGGCCACCAUCUACGAGCGGGCGGGCCGCGUGGAGGGUCGGGGAGGAUCCAUCACACAGAUCCCCAUCCUCACCAUGCCCAACGACGAUAUCACCCACCCUAUCCCAGACUUGACGGGCUUCAUCACAGAGGGACAGAUCUACGUGGACAGACAGCUUCACAACAGACAGAUCUACCCCCCUAUCAACGUGCUCCCUUCCCUGUCGCGGCUGAUGAAGUCAGCCAUUGGGGAAGGCAUGACAAGAAAGGACCAUGGAGAUGUCUCCAACCAGCUGUACGCCUGCUAUGCCAUCGGGAAGGACGUGCAGGCCAUGAAGGCAGUAGUUGGGGAGGAGGCGCUCACCUCUGAGGACCUGCUCUACCUGGAAUUCCUGCAGAAGUUUGAGAAGAACUUCAUCAAUCAGGGCCCCUACGAGAACCGCUCGGUGUUCGAGUCGCUGGACCUGGGCUGGAAGCUGCUGCGCAUCUUCCCCAAGGAGAUGCUGAAGCGCAUUCCGCAGGCCGUGAUCGACGAGUUCUAUUCCCGCGAGGGGGCGCUGCAGGACCUCGCGCCUGACACUGCGCUCUAGCCCCGCGCGCCGUGGCACCCCAACACCGGCACGGAACCUACCCUCGGCUCCCGGGUCUCCCCUCCCUCGCCACCCCAACCAGCGGCUUCUGCGCCGCCCUCCGCCCUCCGCUGGCUCCGAGGUGGUGGGGGCGCCGCACGCUCCAUCCCUUUCCCUCACUCGAUUCCUUUUCCCGCGCUCCAUGCCUCCCCCUCGACUCCCGGUGCUGCGGAAGAACCGAAGGUUGCGAUGCUUUACUCUGACGGGAGCAUCUGUAUUUUUAUGUUAAAAGCCCACAAAAUAAAAAUAAAAAGUAACUGAGAUGAAUUUAC